AUGGCGCCAUUUGAAUCCCCCAGCAGUUCAGAGGCAGCACCGCACGGCGUGGCUGCAGUCGCGAAAGCUAGUCCACUGGACAAAAUUCCAUUCCAAGACUAUCCCAGCCUCUAUGGCUGGCCUACAACCAAUGAACAUGGCUACACCAUCAACGAGGCUCCGUCGGGAGUCUAUCGUCCUCUGAGAGUCGUUGUGAUGGGAGCUGGAGCAUCCGGCAUCAACUUCGCCAAAUGGGCCGAGUCGGAGCUCACAAAUGUCAGUUUCCAGCUAUAUGAGAAGAACCAUGACGUUGCAGGCACGUGGCUGGAGAAUAGAUACCCUGUGACAUACCAAUUCACCUGGAAGCCACACAUCUGGAGCAAAUAUUACUCCGAGUCCAAAGAAAUCUUCGACUACUUCAAAGGUAUCGUCGAAGAAUACAACCUGGGCCGGUAUAUCAAGCUCAGUCACUCCGUCAAGCACGCGGAGUGGGAUGAGAAGACAGGAAAAUGGCACAUUCGAGUAGAGGACACGGUAAAUGGAACUGAAUUUGUCGACGAAUGCGAUGUCUUCAUCAAUGGAGGAGGUCCGCUGAACUACUGGGAAUGGCCCAAGAUCGAUGGGCUGAGAUCGUUCAAAGGGACCUUGGUCCACUCCGCAGCUUAUCCCGAAGGACUUGAUGUGGCGGGGAAAAAGGUCGCGGUGGUCGGAAUCGGCUCCAGUGGCAUGCAGAUAACUGCGACUAUUUCCAGCCAGGUCUCGCAGCUGUAUACCUGGAUCAGAACCCCGACAUGGGUCUUGGGCUCGUUUGCUGCAAAGUACUUGAAAGGCGACAGCCCCAAUCCUGCUUAUACUCCCGAAGAGAAAAGGGUCUUUAGCGAGGACCCCCUCACGUAUCUCAAAUAUCGAAAGAACGUCGAGGCUAAUAUCAACCAAGGCUUCGGUGCUUUCUAUCAAAACACGCCCGAGGCUCUGGCUGCGAAGAAGGUCGCGACGGCUUUGAUGAAAGAAAAGCUCGCCGGAAACGAACGCUUAGCAGAAGCAUUAAUACCAAAGGACUUUCCUGUGGGAUGUAAAAGGCCAACGCCAGGCAAUGGAUUUCUCGAGGCGCUACUUGCGGAUAACACCACAGUGUUCACAGAAGCGGGCUUAGAGAAAAUUACCGAGAGAGGUUUCAUCGACCCCCAGGGUAACGAGGUCGAGGUUGACAUCAUCAUCCUCGCCACGGGGUUCAACACGACCUGGAUACCUAGGUUCCCGAUCAUCGCGAACGGCCAGAAUUUACAGGAUAUAUACCGACAAAAUCCUCUUUCGUACCUCGGGCUCGCCGCACCCUCGAUUCCGAACUACUUUACCUACUACGGACCGUACGGGCCACUGGGGCAGGCAAGCGCACUGGUCAUGAUUGAGUUCUUCACGAAAUAUUUCUUCAAAAUGAUCAAGAAAAUCCAGCUGGAGGACAUCAAGAGCGUGACCCCUCGGGCGGAGGUAGCUCGACAGUUCCAGGAACAUGCGGAUCUAUACCUCCAAAGGACCGUCUGGGCGACAGGAUGCCGUAGCUGGUGGAAGGGCGGUACCAAGGACGGAAGGAUCAUGCUCUAUCCGGGGUCCAGAAAUCAGUACAUGAAAUUGAUCGACAACCCUCGGUAUGAAGACUAUGACUAUAAAUUCCAUAGCAAGAACAUGUGGUGUUGGCUCGGGAAUGGAUUCGAUGCGCUAGACUUCGACGGGAGGGAUAUUACCUGGUACAUGGGACAUGUCGAUGGCAAGGACGUGCAAGAGGAAUAUGAUAUCAGCAUCUGA